AUGCGUUUAGUAAGUCAAGCUUAUCUGACUUCUCUUUCGUUAAUUCCAGUUUCUAUCGAAGACAGAAUACCAAAUUUGGCACCGGAUUCCCUACCUAUCUCAUGCAUGGUAUGGAACGUUCAAGGGGCAGGAAGUCAGGCCUUUGUUGCAGCCCUUAAGGAGCUAACUCGGAGCCAUCAACCUAAUGUUCUAGUGCUGGUGGAGACCCACAUGGGAGGGCAACAGGCUCAAAAAAUCUCUUCAAUCUUGGGAUACACAGGCCAUAGCAGAGUUGAUGCACAGGGGUUUAGCGGAGGUAUAUGGGUGUACUGGAGACCCGAGCUAGUCACCGUGGAUCCAAUUCUAAAGCAUAACCAACACAUCACCAUGGAUAUCAAGAGAGUAGGGGCCACUCCUUGGUAUUUUGCAGCAGUCUAUGCAAGUCCCGACCCUUCCAAACGCAAGGAGUUGUGGGAUGAUCUGAAGGCAUUUGCAACAACUCAUAAUAAGCCAUGGCUUAUUGCAGGAGAUUUUAAUGAUACCAGGUUUCCUUCGGAGCGCAACUCUUCUUGUCACGAAACAACAAGACGGUCUGCUUUCUUCAACGAAUGGGUAGAAGAUAUGCAGCUGAUUGAGGUAGAGUUCUCAGGUGCAGCCCAUACGUGGGCUAGGGGCCUCACCCCGGAAACAAGGAGAAGUGGAAGACUUGAUCGAGCUUUGUGCAACGUUGAGUGGGGAUCCCGUUUUGAAUCAGCAAAAAUGAAACAUUUGCCUGCUGUGCAAUCUGAUCACUGUCCCCUCUUAAUUUCUCUUAAUGGUUUUGCCCCACUACAGUUAAUGAAUAAACCGUUCCGGUUUCAAGCAGCUUGGCUCACCCAUGAGAAGUUCAGUGAGUUUAUUAGUGAAAAAUGGGAUAAAAACGGUGCUUUAGUCCCCUCUUUAGCUAAUUUAUCCCUAAACCUUCAAGUGUGGAAUAAGGAAAUAUUUGGUAACAUUUUUCACCAGAAAAAAACUCUUAUUGCUCGAAUUUCGGGCAUACAGAAGAUUGUUGCUGAACAGCCAGACCGUGGGCUCCUGAAAUUGGAAGCCAAGUUGAGACGUGAGUUAGACGAUAUUCUGGAAAAAGAAGAAGUGUUCUGGUAUCAAAAAUCGAGAGUCGAGUGGCUCAAAAAUGGAGAUCGAAACACCUCUUAUUUUAACUUGAGUACAAUAGUAAGGAGAUGGCAGAACAGGAUCACGGCUAUUAUUAAGGAUUUUAAUGAUGUAUGGAUCACUGACAAAGAGAUGGUACGUGCACACUUUGUGGAGUUUUACUCUAAACUUUUCACGGAAGAAGGUUCUAAUCACCAAGGAGACAUUCCUAGUGACAUAUUUCAAGAACUUCCACUGACGGAAUGGACAACCUUGUCUAAACCUUUUUCCCCAGUGGAGAUUGAUAUUGCAGUAAAGCAGUUAGGAGCUUUAAAAGCUCCUGGCCCGGACGGUAUCCAAGGUAUUUUCUACCAAAAACAUUGGAAUCUGGUGGCUACGAAUGUGCACAAGAUGGCCUUGGACGUGCUAGCAGGAAAGGGGAUGCCCGAACAUCUGAACGAAACACAUAUUGUACUCAUUCCCAAAACUGAUCAUCCAGAAUAUGCCUCUCAAUUCCGGCCAAUCGGACUUUGCAACGUUGCUUAA